UAACUGUCAAAUAUUCUGAUACAAUUGUAUUUGCUGGUAAAUGUUGGAGGGAACGUUAAACUAUUUCGUUCGAUGUAAAGAUAAAUUACACUUUCAGAAGGGAGGUCAAAUUCGGGUUCUCCUCGUAACAACUUGCGUAUGUUGAAUUUCACAGUUUUGUUCCUGGAUUAUAGAAUGACAGACUGAUUGUGAGGAUUGUCCAGUUUGGGCUAUUUUGCCGAAUCGUCCGGUGAGAUAAUGAUAACAACUGUAUACUUCAGUGGAAUGGAUUAGCGUGAUUUCCUCAUCCACAGAUAAGUAGUCUCACACACAGUGUACCUGUGAAACAGAGUGUCAAAGGUCUUCCGAAAACAGUUGGUUCGACAAAAAUGCUGUCAAGUUAUUUGGCUAGUGUGGGGGAAUUAAAUUCUGAAGUAGAAUCGACGUCGAAGGAGUACUUAACAAAAUUAAAACAUAGCAAAAUCAGGUGUUCCGAUUACACGCGUGAUUUGAUAAAAAGACAAUUAAAUUCAGACGUGGAGGAUGAACUGACGCCAAUAUUUUUUAAAGUAUCGUUAGCAUGUCCGCUGGGUAAAAUUAGGAUGCGCAUUCCAUGUCAAACCCCAACAUGUUCGCAUUUGCAGUGCUUUGACGGUUUAUGCUUUAUGUUAGUAAACGCAAAUCAUUCAGAAAGUACAUGGAGUUGUCCGGUUUGCGAAGAGCCUGCCCAUCCUGAUAAUUUAAUUAUCGACGCCUAUUUCCAAAGUAUUCUAGACUCAAAAAAGCUCUUACCAAAUUCCAACGAGAUACAAUUAUUACCGGAUGGCUCUUGGAAAAAUCUCGUUGACAAAGAUCAUGCUGUAACCACAAUACGAGAAAGGUUGAAGACUAUAGAUCUUGAUUGCGACGAGAUAGAAUUACUACACGAUGGCUGUUCGAAAAAUCUCGCCCAGAAAGAUAAUGCUGUAAUCAUGGUAUCAGAAAGGUUGAAGACCACAUCCAUAGAUUUUGGUAAGUUCAUUAUUCUUAAUAAUAACAAUUGUUUUAUCGUAAAACAUUCAAAAUGUCUAUAAUCCUGCAGUUCCAACACGAUAAUUCGAAAGGUCAUCCCUUCAUAUAUUUUCUUUUCCCUACUAGCGUGUACUGUUUAUUUACUUUGGAUUUAAAGUACAAAUUUAUAUGUAUAUUGUAACGUAUCGAUUACUUAUUUUUAAUCUAUAAAUCUAAUGAAAAAUUCUUAUUCUAGUCGAUUAAUCUGAUCAAGGAGAACGAGUCCGGUGUCGCACGGCCAUGAAACGAAAUAGAGUUCUCCGAACUGCACUAACAAUAAAAGCUACAUCGUUUUGAAAAUUUUCACGUAAAUACUGUUUUUAUAUCGAAAUGUAGAUGAUUGUGUGUAAUGCUUUUCUUUAAUUUUAUGCAACUUUCGAAUAUUCAAUAAUAAAAAAUUCUAAUAUAUUUUAACGGAACGAAUUCUUGCAAUGAUUGAUUUU